UUUCUUUCUUUCUCUCUCUCUCUCUCUCUCUCUCUCUCUUUCUUUCUUGUUCCCUUCCCUAAUCUUUUCGUCUCUGCCAAAAUCUCCUUUCGGUGUCCAAGAAGAAUCAAACUCGAUCUGCGGGGCUUCUUGCCAAUGGGACAAAGGCCCAGGGCCGAAGUCCACCGCAGGGGCCCUGCGGAAUCAGCUGGGGUCAUGCAUUUCUUUGUCCUUUACAGUUUAUCACAUGACGAUGAAAUGACCCGCCCAGCUUAGCAGGGGAAGGUUGAUCCCUGGACAUGGAGCGAACUGGACACACGGGCACCGUUUGCUUUAACAAGUGAUCGAUGGACCCCGUCAGCCAAGAGAGACUCUCUAAGUUCCACCAGGAGGGCUUCUUGGUCCUCCAGCGGUUCUUCAGCCUGGAAGAAUGCAACGCCAUGAGGGCCCAGAUCCGAAAGAUAGUUGCCUCUGUGGACGUGCCAGCUCACUGCCGGACGGAGUUUUCAACACAACAGCAGGAACAACUCCAGGCACAGGGGUCGGCAGAAUAUUUCCUCAACAGCGGAGACAAAAUCAGAUUCUUUUUCGAAAAAGGUGUUUUUGAUCAAAAAGGGGACUUUCUGGUUCCAAAGGAGAAAUCGAUCAAUAAAAUCGGUCACGCCCUUCAUGCCUACGAUCCCGUCUUCAAGCAAAUCACCCACUCGGCCAAGGUGCAGGCUUUAGCAAGGAAUUUGAGUCUGGAGAAUCCUGUGGUGGUGCAAAGCAUGUACAUCUUCAAGCAACCGGGCAUUGGUGGGGAAGUGACGCCCCAUCAGGAUGCGACGUUUCUGCACACAACUCCUUUGGGCAAAGUGAUGGGCUUCUGGAUCGCUCUGGAAAACGCCACCCAAGAAAACGGCUGUUUGUGGUUUGUUCCCGGCUCACAUACAACUGGCAUCACACGGCGGAUGGUCCGGACUCCCCCGGGGACGAUCCCUUGCACCGAUUUCAUCGGCACCGAGCGAGUGUACGAAGACGGGCAGUUUGUCCCCGUGCCAGCGGGCAAAGCAUUCCCCGUGGUCAUGUGAUCUCGCUCCUGGUGCUCAGCAACAUGGCUUGCAUUUACAGAGAGUCCUCAACUUAUGACUGUAGCUGAACUUGGAAUUAUAGGUCGUAAGUCACGGCCGUAUUAUUUUCAUCUCUUGUCACUUUAAUCUUUUAACUAUUUUUUUUUUUUACUUGUUUGAUAAGUUGCAAGGAGCCCGGAGUCAAACUUGUCAGUGAGAUGGGAGCCAUGGAAAUUGAAUCAAUAAAAGUGUGUUGCGAAUUUU